AUGGCACCAAUUGCCGAACCACAAGCCGACUUGGCACCGCUGCCCAAGGCGGACGGCUCAGCAACAUACUCAUACAAUGGCUACACGGUGACGAGCGCCGUCAACGGGCCGAUCGAGGCUCAACGACGCGAUGAGAACCCGUUCGAGGCCAUCAUCGACGUCAACAUCCGCCCUGCGGCCGGUGUAGGAGGCACGGCAGAGAGAGUGCUCGAGUCCAUCCUGCAGCGAGCGCUGCGGCAGCUCAUCCCCAUCAGAAACUUUCCACGGUCCAUGAUUCAGAUCACGCUGCAAGUCACCGAGACGCCGGAAAACGCCUACGCAAACACCAAAGUGGUGCAAGCGCAACUCAACCUCGCCAUCAUCCCCGUGCUGCUGCACGCGGCCAUUCUCAGCCUCCUGACCGGUGCCAUCCCGCUCAAGACGAUUGCCACGGCCGUGACGCUCGCCGUGCGCGGCGCCGACGGCGGCGGCAUCGUGGCGGACCCCAGCGCGCGCGAGGCCGACACGGCGCGAUCGCUGCACGUCCUCGGCUUCACGGCCGACGACGAGCUGCUGCUGGCGGAGAGCCAGGGCACGUUCACGGUGGACGAGUGGGCGGCGGUGCUCGCCGCCGGGCAGGAGGCGUGCGGGAGGGCGGCGCCGCAGGGCAUCGACGAGGACGCGGCCAUGGCCGACGGCGGCGAGGCGGCGAGCGUGCGCGCGUUUAUCCGCUCAGUGAUGGAGACCAAGAUUGCGGCCGACAUGUCGUGGAAGAAGUGA